CUCAGUUCCCUUUUUUUCUUGUAGUACAGAUGUCGUUCUCAUAAUAUAACCUUAUGAAAGUGAUUCCGCGAAGCCUCAGAGCAAUACAUUCUUUAGAGAACAGCGUGACUUAUAUUUUCUCGCUACAAAAUUUUUAUUCGAAGUUUCUGUCCGUUCAGUGUGUUUGUGUGUAUUUAUUCAAUUCUACAUUUUUCUGCUUGAACAUCAUGAGUACCUUGGGCGCGGAGAAGGUGGCAGAGUUGACCCGAGCAUUCAAAUCAUAUGAUAAGGACGGAAAGGGAACAAUCGUCGCCGCAGACUUGGGACCAGUGCUCAAGAGCCUCGGCUACGACCCAACCACUGACGAAAUCGCGGAAAUCUUGCAGCGGUUGCAGCUGGACGCCGACGGGGAAAUCCGACUCCAGGAUUUCAUCUCCUACGCUUCUGAUAGGUCCGUGACUGAGAUCACGGGCUCCGACGCAGAAAUCAAGGCUGUCUUCAGGCUCUUUGAUAAGGACGGCGACGGAUUCAUCACGGCCUCGGAAUUCUCGCAAGUAAUGACCCAGCUGGGCGAGUCUAUCCCAGAGAGUGACAUCCAGGACAUGAUUGCAGAGGCUGACACUGACGGUGACAAUAGGAUGAGUUAUGAGGAGUUUCAGAGAGUUGUUGUGGCUGCCAGUAUCAAUACCUAAGCCCACGCGAGGCAAAGGAAGCCAUCUUGAAUAUUAUCAUUUGCCUGGAAGAAGUGACACGACUUGAUAUAUCGUCUGUACACCUUAACCUGGUGCACGAUUGUUCGAUAGAUCUCCUGAGGACUCUCGGUACACUGUAGUGUUCAGUGGACUGCAGCCGAUAAUGUCAUUGUACAGGGAUUGUUGAAUUGGUGUGUGAACAUUCCGCAUAAAAAAGUGUUAUGCACCGCCUGAAGACAAUACUUUUUUUUCAUCCACCACAUAUCCUCUUCUGUGGGCAAUUAUGAUAGCUGGAUGUGGAAAUCGAAGUUUUUUUUUUUUUUUACAAUUCGUGUCAGAAAUAUAAGAUAUCCUUACUUGUAACCCGAUAA